AGGUUCCCAUUCCGCAAGACUUGGUGGACGGCAUGCAGCCCAGCUUUUCCGCAAGGGAUCUCACCAUGUUGGCCCAUGCCUUUUGCAAGUCACGACACCGCUCACAGAUCUUCUCGUUGAUCUCCAGGGCCGCGGAGCCUGUGAUGCCGAACUUCACUGCGAAGGAGUUGCAAUCCUUGCUGGUCUCCAUGGCGCGUGCUCAUCAUUCAGAUGCCGCUCUCUUGGACGGCAUCUCGUUGCAGGCUCAACGCUGCAUCGCCCAGUUCAGUGCCGAGGCCUUGGCACUCACCCUCCGAGGUAUGGCCUUCUUUGGCCGCCGGGAUGAUCCCCUCUUCACGCGGGCCCUCCUCGAGCUGCCUCGCGUCCUAGAGAGCGCUCGUCCUGCUGAUGUGGCUGCCCUUUGUAGCAGCUUUGCCGCGGCCCAGGUGGAGAGUCGAUUCCUCUUUGACCUCGUCUCACCGUUGGUCUUGGAGAAGGCACCUGCCUUGUCCGCCACCGAAUGGGUCCUCCUGUUGCGCAGCUAUGCCACGCUCGAGCACCGGGAUGAGAUGUUUCUCUCAGCCUUGGAACUUCACCUCAAGGUGGAGCAACUGAGUUCCUGCCAACAGAAAGAGGUCAACGACAUGCUUUCACAGCUGCAAAGAAAAGUUUGAAAAGGUCCGUCAGCAGAUUGAAUUGUCACAUGUGUUACGGACCACUUAAAAGGUCCGUCGCUUCUCUUUUCGGUCCGACGGGGUUGCAGGAGUGCAUCCAAAGAGCUUG